UGGUUACUUCUGUAAACAAACUUGUCAAAUAUUUUUGAUUGAAAAUUAUGACAAAAUUCAAAAUUAUGUAUCAGUCGUUUUUAUUCAUCCCACUGUUUCUACUGUGGGUAAAUGGUGAAGAGAAAUAUGACCCCAGAAAGGUGGAUUAUUGUUCGAAAAGUUGUAACAAAGUACAAUCAACUGGUUGCAAAUGCAAACAGCAAGGAACUCGCACUGAAAUUUUAGAUAAAAUGGUGGAAUUUCGCCAAUUAUGUUUAGACGAACACAAUCAUUGGAGAGAUUUUAUCGCUUCUGGUAACGAAACUCGCGGCUUUGCCAAAACAGCCGCCGACAUGAUGGUCAUGAACUAUGACCUGGAGCUUGAAUAUUUGGCACGAUGCUAUGGAAGAAGCACUUUUAACGGAUACCACGAUAAAUGUAGAAAGUUGCACAAUAAUGGCCAAUCAGGACAGAAUCUCGCUGGAUACAGUAUUAAAGACGUCAGUUUUAAACUGAUAAAAGAACAAAUUUUCGACUGGUAUGACGAAGUCAAAGACAUGCAGGAAGAUAUUUAUGCGAAAUUCCGUUCUGGUGGGGCAGCAGGGAUUCAAAUUGGACAUUUUACAGCAAUGUGUUGGGGGGCUGCUAAUAUUGUAGGUUGUGCUCGAAUUUAUACAUCAGAUCCGAAAAAAGACAACUUUGUAAAUCCGAUUUAUGUGCAAACUUUAAUCUGCAACUACGCUGUGAAGGAUAUUCAAGGAACAGUCAACUUGCUUGGCAGUCCGGUGCAUAUCCAAGGACCACCUUGUUCGAAAUGUCCCGAAGGGAAGAAAUAUAAUAAAUGCAACACGAAGUACACCUCUUUGUGUGGGGAAUUAGAACCGGUGCCAACCGACGAACCGUUUGAUUUUAAUAAAGCACCAAAACACAAUUCCAUUCUCAUGGUCAUUUUCAUUGCUCUAUUUGUGGUUUCUCUCUUCUAAGAAACAAACUGUUUGAAUUAUGUGAUGCUUUGUAAUGACAAAUUUCUGUAUUUUGUAUUAAAAAUUUCUGGGAAAAUAAACAAUGACUCGAA